GAAUGGAGGCCAGUGGAGGGAUUGGCAGAGAGGGAUGGAGGACACUGAAUGGAGGCCAGUGGAGGGAUUGGCAGAGAGGGGUGGAGGACACUGAGUGGAGGCCAGUGGAGGGAUUGGCAGAGAGGGGUGGAGGACACUGAAUGGAGGCCAGUGGAGGGAUUGGCAGAGAGGGAUGGAGGACACUGAGUGGAGGCCAGUGGAGGGAUUGGCAGAGGGGGGUAGAGGACACUGAAUGGAGGCCAGUGGAGGGAUUGGCAGAGAGGGGUGGAGGACACUGAAUGGAGGCCAGUGG